GCUUCGUUUUUCCUCAUACCUUCCCUCACUGCUCUCGCUUUGCCCCUCUUCGUGUCCCGUCGCUCCUGAAACAGUUAAAAUGGCGAACACUCGCCCUCCAUCGAAGCUGCUGGACCUCGACAUCACUAUUGUUUCUGCAAAACAUCUCAAGAAUGUCAAUUGGUGCCAUGGCGACCUCAAACCCUACGCUAUCUUCUGGGUCGACCCCGAACGUCGAGUCGCCACCAAACCUGAUGAGUCGGGAUCAACUCGUCCCGUCUGGAACGAACGCUUCACCCUCCCCAUUAACCUUCCCCUCCAAGACUCUCUCCUCAUCCUCGAAAUCUUCCACUCCAAACCCUCUGAAACCCCCAAGCCCCUCGUUGGAACCCUCCGUUUCCCUCUCAAGGACAUCUCCGAGUCUGAGGAUCCCAAUCGUAUCAGAACCCUUGAACUCCGUCGUCCUUCCGGUCGUCCUCAAGGCAAGAUCCGGCUGAAGCUCGCCAUCCGUGACCGCCCUGCUCCGCCUCCGUCUCCGCCGUUGCCCGAUUUCCAUACUACACCUCCUCCGAGCUAUUAUUACUCCAGUGCCCCUCCUCCUCCUUCUUCGCGCGAUUACAGGGGAUACUCUCCCUCUCCCUACUGUUCGCCUCUUCCGCCUCCUGCUCCGUCUCCGCCGCCUCAGUACUCCUAUGGUAGUUACUCCGAUCCGUAUUCUGGUUAUUACUCGGGAUACUAUUCUCAGCCCCCGCCGCCGCCUCCUCCUCGGCCGUUCUUCGAUCGCGUUUCAGUCUCUAGUUAUGGUGGGCCAAGUGGGCCCUCAGCGCCAUCGUACGAUCAGAAGCCCAAAGGGAGCAAGAUGGGAGUGGGUACGGGUUUGGCCGUCGGAGCUGUUGCGGGUGCCUUGGGAGGGCUUGCUUUGGAAGAAGGGUUGAAGUACGAGGAGGACAGGAUUGCAGAGAGGGUCGAGAGCAACUUGGCUGCCAGAGACGAUUACAGUGAUUAUCGCGGUGAUUACUGAUUUAUUUAAUCAUUUUGGGUUCCUCCUCUCUGUUUUUAGGGUUUGGCCUCUUCUGAGAUGGCAAAGUCGACUGCCAAAGUCGAUAUUGGGGUAUGUUGCACAGUUUUAUAUAUAAAUGUAUAUAUGGUUGGUGUUGCUUUUGUGGUUUUAUCUUUGCUGUUUCUAAUUGUUGCUUGGACAGGUUAGUUAUAAUAUCUAUUGGACGAGUACCCUCCCGUUCGGGAAAAUGUUAAAUUUCUUGCUUU